ACCUCCUCCUCAACUACGCCUCCUCGGACCCUCUCGCCAUCGUCGGCCGCCUCGCCACCAGUUCGGCUGAUCUUAUGACUGCCCCGGCGCGACGCCGCCACCAACCGCCGCCGUCGCCAUCGCCCACAUGGGCUCGCGCCAACCACGAGGCGCAGCAGCCCUUUCGUGCCGAGCUGAAGCGGCUUGGGGAAGCUGUGCACGAACUAAACGCGUGGGCUGAGCACGAGACGGCGGACGUUGCCGACCAGCGGGCACUCCUCAACCAGCUGAGCUGCCGGCUCGGAGCGCUGGCGGCGGCAGUGGCGGAGUUGCCGCAGGUGUUUUCCGAGUCCGUUGCGGGCCUCGUCGAGGCGCACGAGUCAAUGCGUGGCGAGAUUCAGAUGAUGCGAGCCCAGUGGCGUGACGAGCGCGCAGCGAGCCGCGAGGCGGUAGCGAUCCUUCGUGCGCUCAUCGAUGACGCGAGCGACUCGGCGAGAGUGACGGCGCUCACGGCUCGGGUCCAAGCCCUGGAGGCUGCAUCCGCCGCUGGCAUCAGGCCCUCCUCGCCGUCCGCAGCGGCGGAGCAGGCGGCAACUGCAUUGCAGGCGCAGCUGGCGGCGGUGAGCGCGCGGCUGACGCGGCUCGAGUGCAGCGGCGCGGCGGAUCAGGAAGAGCUUGUGCAGAAGGUGGCGAUGAGGCAGGCGGAAGCAAGGGCGGAGGCGAGCGAGGCGGAGGCGGAGGCGAGGCGGCGCCAGCAUGCCGCUGCUCCUUCACUACAGGCUUCACACCAGGUGGCGGCGGUGGCGGCGGUGACGGCGGAGCACAGGCGACUGUGGAGUGCGCUGCAGGAGGAGGCCUCCCUCCGAGAGCAGGCACAGGCGGCGGCGGCGGCGGCGGCCGUCUCGGUGGCAGUGGAGACGGCGGAGACGGCGCGCGCCGCCGAGGAGAGAGCCGCCAGCGCCGAGCGGGUCGCAGACGAGGCGGUGCUCACUGCGCGCCAGGCGAGAGCGGCUACCCUCGCCUCGAACGAGGCCGAGGAGGCUGCGGCCGCGCUGGCAUCCGCGCGGCGCGCGGCCGGCGACGGCGUGCGGUGUGUGAUGGAGGCGCAGGAGGCACUCUCGCUGCGCGUGGAGCUCCUCUCGAGCAAGGUCGACUCGCUAGCGGGAACGCCGCGUCACGGUCAGGCCGGUCCAGGCCCCCCCGGGUGAUAACUGAGAUUCUGUGCAGCGUUGUGUAUAUGUGCAACAGUAUAUGACAUACGGCUACACUCGG